CUUUUCCCCCGCAAUCUGUCAACAAUCGCGCUGCGAAUGUUCUGAGCAAUGGAAAGUUUCGUCGGGCGUGGUGUCUGUUCACAUCCUGACCGCCAACUUUCGGCGUCUACGUGGCAGCGUCAUGGCCCGUCCAUCAUAACACAUGCACUCCAACACUGCUUUCCGCUUCACCAACCCUUUUCCGACGCAAGAUGAACCAGAACACUAGCUAACCUGUUAUACCUAGGCCUUUGAGAACACCUCUACCAAUGUCGCCGCCGCCCAGAUGCGAAACUCCCUGACCAACCUCGCCGAGUCGGUCAAGGACCCCCAGCAGAAGAAGCUGUUUGAGACCGAAAUGGACAACUUCUUUGCCCUGUUCCGACGAUACCUCAACGACAAGGCCAAGGGCAAUGCUGUUGACUGGGACCGCAUCGCCCCUCCCGCUCAGGGACAGGUCGUUGACUACGAGGACCUUGCCAACACCGAGUCCGUCCAGUUCCUCAGCAAGCUUGCCGUCCUCAAGCUUAACGGUGGUCUGGGUACCUCCAUGGGUUGUGUCGGCCCCAAGUCCGUCAUCGAGGUCCGUGACGGCAUGUCCUUCCUCGAUCUCUCCGUGCGACAGAUUGAGUUCCUGAACCGCACCUACGACGUCAACGUUCCCUUCAUCCUGAUGAACUCGUUCAACACCAACGAUGACACCGCCGCCAUCAUCAAGAAGUACGAGGGUCACAACGUCGACAUCUUGACCUUCAACCAGUCCCGAUACCCCCGAAUCUACAAGGACUCCCUGCUGCCCGUCCCCAAGGACUACGACUCGUCCAUCACCGAGUGGUACCCCCCUGGUCACGGUGACAUCUUCGAGUCGCUGUACAACUCUGGCAUCCUGGACAAGCUCCUGGAGCGCGGCAUUGAGAUUAUCUUCCUGUCCAACGUCGAUAACCUAGGCGCCGUUGUUGAUCUGCGAAUCCUCCAGCACAUGAUGGAGACCAACGCCGAGUACAUCAUGGAGUUGACCAACAAGACCAAGGCCGAUGUCAAGGGUGGUACCAUCAUCGACUACGAGGGCUCGGUCCGCCUGCUGGAGAUUGCUCAGGUCCCCAAGGAGCACGUCAACGAGUUCAAGUCGAUCAAGAAGUUCAAGUACUUCAACACCAACAACCUGUGGCUCAACCUCAAGGCCAUCAAGCGGGUGGUGGAGAACGAUGAGCUCGAGAUGGAGAUCAUCCCCAACGGCAAGACGAUCCCCGGUGACAAGAAGGGCGAGUCGGACAUUUCCAUUAUCCAGCUCGAGACCGCCGUCGGUGCGGCCAUUCGCCACUUCAAGAACGCUCACGGUGUCAACGUGCCCCGCCGACGCUUCUUGCCCGUCAAGACCUGCUCUGACCUGAUGCUGGUUAAGUCCGAUCUUUACACGCUCAAGCACGGCCAGCUCCAAAUGAGCGCUGCCCGCUUCGGUGAUGCUCCUCUCAUCAAGCUUGGUGGUGACUUCAAGAAGGUUUCCGACUUCCAGAAGCGAAUCCCCUCGAUUCCCAAGGUCCUGGAGCUUGACCACCUUACCAUCACUGGUGCGGUGAAUCUGGGUCGGGGUGUAACGCUCAAGGGCACGGUUAUUAUUGUUGCCACCGAGGGUAGCACCAUUGACAUUCCCCCAGGUUCCAUCCUGGAGAACGUCGUCGUGCAGGGCAGCUUGCGUCUGCUUGAGCACUAAAUGGGUGAUGUGUGGGUUGGGCGAUACCGUAUGAAAAGGAGAACGUUCGGCGGAUCGCGGAUGUCAUCUUAGAUGCGUUAUGAUGGGUGGGGUUAGAGGCCCGUCGGCAAUGGGAUUGGCGACUGAAGGGGUG